UUGAGUUUCCCGGCCUAAAUUCUGCUUCCUCAACACUCAUGUGACUGCUGUGAUGUCAGUAUGUCCUUUACAGGAAUAGGAACUAGCUGCUAACGAAGCAGGAUACUAAUAUUGAACUGCGUACGUUCAAGUUGAUGAUAAUUUGUUUCCACAGAGGUUGAAAGAUGUUUUCUCAUAAAAUUUGGAGGCUUUUGGACACUUCAGAAAUAUAUUUUUAUUUUUUACGGAAACCAAAUUUAAAAUUCUUUUGUACAUUUCCUCAUAGACAAGAAAAUAAACACACAACUUUAAAGGAAAAUCAAACCAUCAAACCGUUUCUCAAAUCUACAGCUUCAGAUCUGAAGUCUAGUGGAAAAAUGAAGGCUAAAAGGCUAUCUGUAGAAGGAAAUAUUGCAGUAGGAAAAUCUACAUUUUUGCGACUAUUAUCCAGAGUAAACCCAGAUUGGAGCUUAGUUACAGAACCACUGAAGAAGUGGCAGAAUAUUCAAACUACGGCACAGCCACAAGAUUUUUCUCAGGAUAUGGGGAAUCUACUACAGUUGAUAUAUAAGGAUCCUGCAAGAUGGUCUUACACUUUUCAGACAUUUUCUUGUUUGAGUCGUUUUAGAAUUCAAAUAGAACCACUGCCUGAACAGUUGCUGAAAAUUAAAGAGCCUGUCCAGAUAUUUGAGAGGUCUAUUUACAGUGAUAGGUAUGUGUUUGCACUGACUCUUUCAAAACUGGGUCACAUGAAUGCAGUUGAGUGGGCCAUGUAUCAAGAAUGGCAUUCUUUUCUUAUGCAGGAGUUUGACGAAAGGGUUGCUUUGGAUGGAAUUGUGUAUCUUCGUGCAAAUCCAGAGAAAUGCUUUGAGAGGCUUCAGAAAAGGGCUAGAGAGGAGGAAAUGACUGUGCAGCAAAACUAUCUUGAGAAUCUACAUGAGCAACAUGAAAACUGGCUCGCAAGAAAAACAACAAAUGUCCAGUUUCAGAAAGUAAAAAACAUUCCAGUUCUAAUGUUGGAUGUUAAUGAAGAUUUUGAAAACAAUUCUGAUGCAAGCGAUCUUCUUAGUCACAAAGUGAAAGAUUUCAUAGCUGACCUAUAAUCUGUUUGUUUUGUUUUUUGAAUGGUGGCACUCAAAAACAUAACAUACUGUUGGAUAAA